AUGGCAUCACUACUUCUUUUUGUCCUUGUUAUUCAGAUAAUUACCUAUUUAAUUAAUACAAUUGGCGCCAGAACUAUCGAUAGCCUGCUAUGGCUUUUGUAUAUCAAGCUCCCGAACCAAGCGUCACAAGUUGCCCGGGAACAGAGACAUGCGAAGCUUGAAGUAAUCCGACUUAAACGAGAAAUGAGCGCAACGAGCUCCCAGGACGAAUUUGCGAAAUGGGCAAAGCUAAGGAGACGACAUGAUAAAGCUAUGGAGGAAUAUGAUGUCAAGAAUAAAAAGCUCAGUGCGCUGAAGACUUCUUUCGACUGGACCAUCAAGACUGUACGAUGGGUCUCUACCACCGGUGUUACCGUGAUUCUUCAGUUCUGGUUCUCGAAAUCACCAAUAUUCGAUCUUCCUCGAGGCUGGCUCCCAUGGCAGGUGGAAUGGAUCUUAUCUUUUCCUCGCGCGCCACUAGGAACAGUCAGCAUACAAGUAUGGGGAGGGGCAUGUGGAACCGUUAUUGCUCUUGUCGGAGGCGCCAUGGGAGUCGCUGCUCCAGCAUUUAAAAAGAUUAAUCAACCUAGGGGGGAAGCGCAGAAGAUGGGAACUCCCAGAGGGAGUAGAGAACAGACACCCGUAAGGAAGACUCAAUGA